AUGAAGCUCUACCCUAGCCUUUCCGAUGAUCUCGCCGCCUGGGCGCAGAGACAGCCCGUCUUCUUCACGGCAUCGGCAGCUACGCAUGGAGCGCACAUCAACGUAUCCCCCAAGGGCCUCACCGACACGCACUUUGCCGUCCUUGGGCCCAACCGAUGCGCUUACAUCGACCGCACAGGCUCUGGCUGCGAAACCAUUUCCCACGCAUACGAGAACGGCCGCCUGUGCCUCAUGUUCAUGAGCUUUGGAAAUGCGCCCCGCAUCAUGCGCAUCUUCUGCCGCGCCAGCGUCGUCGAGUGGGACCAGCCCUCCUUCCCCGAACUCGUACGAAAGAUUGCCCAAGACAAAAGAACAGCAUUCGAUGGUGCUCGCGCUGUCAUUGUUUGUGACAUAUGGGAGGUGCAGACAAGUUGUGGCUUCGGCGUGCCACGUGUCAAGAAGGCGCUGUAUGCUCCUGAAGAAGAGGGCCCACCGACCCCGGUCGAGGAUAUCUUGCGCGACGGUUUUGAGCCGGACAGAAAGCUGGAUGAGCUUGCCGUCUUUGAGGCACGUCCGACCAUGGACCACUGGGCCUCCAGCAAGACGCAGAGCAACACCCUUGUCGAGUAUCAGGGCGUCAACAACGCCGACAGCAUCGACGGUCUGCCCGGCCUGCGCAGCGCCCGCCGCGAGAGGGGGGAGUGGCUUUGGGUGCGCGACUUGAAGGCUCGCAUGAAGCGCAUUGGUGCCGAGAGGGAAGCCGUUGCCUUUGGGUUUCUGCUUGCCUUGGUCAUGUACUUUGCUCUGGUGGGCAUUUCCAGUCUCCCGCUCAAGCUCUAA